AUGCUGUCUCACGCCGACCUCCUGGACGCCAGGCUAGGUAUGAAAGAUGCCGCCGAGCUUCUGGGCCACCGGGAGGCGGUGAAGUGUAGGCUGGGCGUAGGGGGCUCUGACCCCGGGGGCCAUCCGGGGGACCUAGCGCCCAACUCCGACCCAGUCGAGGGAGCCACUCUGCUGCCCGGGGAGGACAUCACCACAGUGGGCUCUACGCCGGCCUCACUGGCGGUGAGCGCAAAGGACCCGGACAAGCAGCCGGGGCCCCAGGGCGGCCCGAACCCCAGCCAAGCCGGUCAGCAGCAGGGCCAACAGAAGCAAAAGCGCCAUCGGACGCGCUUCACCCCUGCUCAGCUCAACGAACUGGAGAGGAGCUUCGCCAAGACUCACUACCCCGACAUCUUCAUGCGCGAGGAGCUGGCACUUCGUAUCGGGCUGACCGAGUCCCGAGUGCAGGUCUGGUUCCAGAACCGGCGCGCUAAGUGGAAGAAGCGCAAGAAGACCACCAACGUGUUCCGCGCGCCGGGCACGCUGCUGCCCACGCCAGGCCUGCCCCAGUUCCCGUCGGCUGCCGCCGCCGCCGCCGCCGCCAUGGGCGACAGCCUGUGCUCUUUCCAUGCCAACGACACCCGCUGGGCGGCGGCCGCCAUGCCGGGCGUGUCGCAGCUGCCGCUGCCGCCGGCGCUGGGCAGGCAGCAAGCCAUGGCGCAGUCGCUGUCCCAGUGCAGCCUGGCGGCCGGGCCGCCGCCCAACUCCAUGGGCCUGUCCAACAGCUUGGCGGGCUCCAACGGCGCGGGGCUGCAGUCGCACCUCUACCAGCCCGCCUUCCCCGGCAUGGUGCCCGCCUCCCUCCCCGGCCCCAGCAACGUCUCCGGCUCGCCCCAGCUCUGCAGCUCCCCGGACAGCAGCGACGUGUGGCGGGGCACGAGCAUCGCCUCCCUCCGCCGCAAGGCGCUAGAGCACACAGUGUCCAUGAGCUUCACUUAA